CCGGUACAGCCCCUCCUCCCCGCUGUGUUUAUUAGGGGAAGGAGGGCGGAGGCGGAGGCCAGUUCCCUAGCUCCAGCCGCCGUCGCCGUCUCCUGUGCAGUUGCAGCCGCAGCCGUCUCCCGCCAGCUCGCUCCAGGGAAAGAACGUGCGCGAGCUCCGGCGUCCCCGCCCUAGCCUUUCCCGGAGCCAUGAAUCCCAACUGCGCCCGGUGCGGCAAGAUCGUGUACCCUACGGAGAAGGUGAACUGUCUGGAUAAGUUCUGGCAUAAAGCAUGCUUCCACUGCGAGACCUGCAAGAUGACACUCAACAUGAAGAACUACAAGGGCUAUGAGAAGAAGCCCUACUGCAACGCACACUACCCCAAGCAGUCCUUCACCAUGGUGGCCGACACCCCGGAAAACCUCCGCCUCAAGCAACAGAGUGAGCUCCAGAGUCAGGUGCGUUACAAGGAGGAGUUUGAGAAGAACAAGGGCAAAGGCUUCAGUGUGGUGGCAGACACACCCGAACUCCAGAGGAUCAAGAAGACCCAGGACCAGAUCAGUAACAUAAAAUACCACGAAGAGUUUGAGAAGAGCCGCAUGGGCCCCAGCGGGGGUGAGGGCCUGGAGCCAGAGCGCCGAGAUCCCCAGGACACUGGCUAUCGGCGGCCCCAGGAGCAGCAGCCUCACCACAUCCCAACCAGCGCCCCAGUUUACCAGCAGCCCCAGCAGCAGCAGGCAGCCCAGUCCUACGGUGGCUACAAGGAGCCUGCAGCCCCGGUCUCCAUACAGCGCAGUGCCCCAGGCGGGGGCGGGAAGCGGUACCGCGCCGUGUAUGACUACAGUGCCGCCGACGAGGACGAGGUCUCCUUCCAGGACGGGGACACCAUCGUCAACGUGCAGCAGAUCGACGACGGCUGGAUGUACGGGACCGUGGAGCGCACCGGCGACACGGGGAUGCUGCCGGCCAACUACGUGGAGGCCAUCUGAGCCCGCCGGGCGCCGCCCGCCCCAUCCGUCUUCAGUGCAUUCCACAGCAUCGCAUCCGUCCUGGGCGUGACCUGUCCACCCUUUGGUGUCUCUGUUUUUUAAAAUCUGCAACAGCUUGUUUAUUC